AUGUUGGCUAUUUUCCAUAAGGCGUUUGCUCACCCACCGGAAGAGCUUAACAGCCCAACAGCAUCUCUCAAUGAUUCCAAGAAACCUAAACUUCCACAGGAGACUCUCUCUGAGUUUCUCUCAGCUCAUCAUCCUACUAACACCACCUCUAUGAGCUUCGGAAAUGCCGCUGUCCUCGCCUACGUUCGACCGGAGUCACCGGAGAGCCCUCACUCCCAUCACCAGAGGUUGUUUUGUGGGUUUGAUGAUAUAUAUUGCCUGUUCUUGGGGAGCUUGAACAACCUUUAUGCGCAGAUCAAACAGUAUGGGCUAUCAAAGGGUUCAAACGAGGCCAUGUUUGUGAUUGAAGCCUAUCGGACACUUCGGGACCGUGGCCCCUAUCCAGCUGAUCAGGUUGUUAAGGAUCUGGAUGGAAGCUUCGCCUUUGUUGUCUAUGACAGCAAGGCUGGAAAAGUGUUUGCUGCACUGGGUUCUGAUGGGUGUGUGAAGCUGUAUUGGGGUAUUGCUGCUGAUGGCUCUGUGGUGAUCUCUGACGAUUUAGAGGUCAUAAAAGCAGGCUGUGCCAAAUCAUUUGCACCAUUUCCAACAGGAUGCAUGUUUCACAGCGAGGGAGGAUUGAUGAGUUUCGAGCAUCCUCUUCACAAGAUGAAAGCAAUGCCAAGAAUAGACAGUGAUGGGGUGAUGUGUGGAGCUAACUUCAAGGUUGAUGUGUACUCAAGGGUCAACAGCAUUCCUCGUAGGGGAAGUGAAGCCAAUUGGACCGAGUGGGACUCGCAUUGCUGA